AUGAACGAACUCUGGGAGGCUCUCAUUGACUACCUCCGCGGUCGACUCGAACCUUCGCUUGUCCUCUACUAUGUCGAGCAUCUCAUCCUAUUCUCCGUGUGCGCAACAGCUCCAGCAGCGACAGCAUUCUCGGUCCUCCUGCUACUCGCAGCUCUACGCCAUCCAAAUUUCCUCUCCAAACAACGAAAACUUCCGACGAAGGCGGCUUUGCUCUCAUCUUUGCCACCGUCGACGAGCCUCGAUCAGGAUGAACUGUGCGGAAUCUGUCGCGACGCCUUCGAGAGUUCGUACCACGCCCAUCGCCUGAGCCACUGCCCCCUCUGUCGAACCCAACUCUACACUCGAGGCCCGCUCUUCUACAUCCUCAAGUCACUCGUGAACACCAGUCGAUUUUUCAUGAAAUUCUAUGCCUAUGGCGCUCUCCUAGAGCUCAUCCUUGAGGUUGCACUCAUUCUUGAAAGUUUGUACCUCGGUGCAGAACCUCAUGAACCACUCGCCAAGCUCCUUGGGACAGCUGCAGCUCUCUGGUUCUACACUCGUGGUGUUAGAGCGGAGAUUGCAGGCCAUGUUCAGGACGCAGAUGACGCUGUGGAUGGAUCUCGGGAUGGAAAGUUUGGGUUGGCAGCUGUGCAGGUUGUGAUGAUAUUUUUCUUUUCGUGUGGGAUUGUGAGAAUCCGGCUCAGGGCUGUCUAUCGCCUGACUACGGCGAUAUGCACAUUGUCGUGGACGGGGGACAUGGUGUUGUGA